AUGGCAAACACAUCCGCAGUUUCAAGGCUUAGGCAUCUACUGGCCGACGAGAGCAAGAUAAUUAUAUGCCCUGGUGUAUAUGAUGGUCUUACCGCGAGAAUUGCCCUCGGGGCGGGAUUUGAUGUCUUGUAUAUGACAGGAGCCGGGACCACCGCAUCAAGGCUUGGACAACCAGACCUUGGUAUUAUAACACUCAAUGAAAUGCGGGGGAAUGCGGAGAUGAUUGCUGGACUUGAUCGAUCCAGGCCCCUCAUUUCUGAUGCGGACACAGGGUUUGGUGGUUCCCUAAUGGUUCAUCGCACCGUCACCGAAUAUAUCCGUGCAGGAGUGGCGGCGCUUCACUUGGAGGAUCAGCCAACGUCAAAGCGAUGUGGCCAUCUUCCCAACAAGCAGCUGGUCAGCAAGGAUGAGUAUAUGUCGCGCAUUCAAGCUGCAGUUAACGCUCGUAAGAUAUCGGGAGGUGAUAUUGUUAUCAUCGCGCGGACCGAUGCGCUGGCCACCUUAGGGUACGAUGAAGCCAUCUCACGAUUGAGAAGAGCCAUCGAACUCGGAGCAGACGUUGCAUUCAUGGAGGCAAUCACAUCAGAAGAACAGGGCAGACGCGUUUGUGGAGAUCUUUACCCAACGCCUGUACUCUUCAACGCCGUUUCAGGGGGGUUAUCGCCCAAUAUGUCGGCCCCGCAGGCACAGGAAUUGGGCUUUCGACUGAUCAUCUUCCCGGGAUUCGCGUUGGGUCCUGUCUAUUCCGCUGUUCAACAAGCAGCGAAGCACCUCAAAGAGACGGGGGCUCCGGUCGCAUCCGGGGUAGGGAGUCCUAAGGAUUUAUUCAAUGUGGUUGGCUUGAAGGAAGCGCUCGCAAUUGACCUGGCAUCUGGUGAAGGUCUGUUCCAGCAAGGUGUAUGA